UUGCCGGUCGAUUAUCUCUCAACCCGCAUGAAUUCUUGAACGAAAUCCGCUGCAAAAGGUUCAUGGCUCAUGACGAGUGAAGUAACGCCAGAAUUUCAAUUGUUUGGCAGUUGUUGUGCAUUUAAAUUAAUAGGUUAAGACGAGAAAAUGGCCCUUUUAACAUGAGAUAAAAAAACUGUAAUUUACUUUAUUUCACCGAAGAUUUUUUGGAAAAAUUAAUUCGACAGAAUGGAACUUUUACUAACUGCGGAACCUCAUUUUAUCCCAGGAUACUCCGGUUAUUGUCCGCAGUACCGAUUCAAUUGCGGUGAAACGUACGCAAAAGCCACGCACAAGCUGCUGCUCGAUCCUGCAAUUAAUCAUGCGAAAACGCUCGUCCUGGCAAAUCGCGUAGCCGAUGAUUACGAGGCAUGGCGACCAUCAAAGAGCGAUAUAAACGUGGUCAAUACUCGUUUCAAGAGAACCGAUCCCCUUUUCGUUCACCCCAUGUUGCCAGGAUACGAGGGUUUCGUACCGGGAUCGAACGUUAGUCUAGGACAGAGAUACGCGGUGCGCGCGACCGAAGGUCUCGCAGACUUUGAGCGACAACAAUUGCGAAAUAAGGCGGCUUUAGAUCGGCUUAGGAGAACGGUCGACGUGCAAUGCGGACGAGCAGAGCCGCGAAAUUUGGAGGAACGUCUGUUAAUUAAGAAUCAAAUUAAAUUGCCCUUGUUUACGGUACGACCUGAAUACGCGGCAACGAUUAACGAUUUACCAUCGGACAAGAAGUGCGAAGCAUCGAAAAAUUAUAUGUCCUUGUUCUAUUUAUGAAAUAUGCAAUUACUAAAUUAUAUUAGUUGUACCAAGUAUAAUUAUUAAAUAUAGUUAAAUAUUGAAAAGAAUUAAA